GCCAUCUUCGAUCUCGCUCCACAACAGAAGUCGUUCUGAUCUCCCCUUAUUCUAAAAUCCUAAAUCCCUAAAACAAAAAUGGGGAUUAGAUUCAUUCUACUGGUAAAUAAACAAGGCCAAACUCGUCUUGCACAAUAUUUUGAAUACCUAACUCUUGAACAGAGAAGGAUUCUCGAAGGUGAAAUUGUCAGAAAAUGUCUUACUCGUACCGAUCAACAGUGCUCGUUCGUUGAGCAUCGGAAUUAUAAAGUUGUGUAUAGAAGAUAUGCGUCACUAUUUUUCUUGAUUGGUGUUGAUGAUGAUGAGAACGAAUUAGCGAUAUUGGAAUUUAUACAUUUGCUAGUGGAAACCAUGGACCGUCAUUUUGGGAAUGUGUGCGAACUAGACAUAAUGUUCCAUUUGGAGAAGGUACAUUUUAUGCUAGAGGAAAUGGUCAUGAAUGGGUAUAUUGUUGAGACGAGCAAGUCAAAUGUUCUUGCUCCAAUACAGCUUAUGGAGAAAACUGCAUAAUUUUCCUGAACCAGCCUGUUACUUUACUUUUCUGAAAGUUCGCGUCAACGACCUUUUGGUUUGUUGAUAACUAGGACUUAGGGAUUUCCAGGUGACAAACUAAGUCUUCUCUUUUUUGUAGAACCAUUACCUCGGAUAGUUUCUUUUUCAGGUAAUUGGUGUAUAAUUAGCAAUUACAGAACCUUCAGGGUCCUGUCUUAAUAAUACGCAUUCUUUUCGUUUUUACUCUGGAAAAUUUGUUGUUGCCAUCUGCUAUAACUACAAUUUUAAACUAUAAUGCUUAUGACUAAGUAUUAGAAAAUAUUUGUUGAACUUUUUUUGGAACCUGACUAUUAUAAGAUGAACUGAAUGGAAAUUAUGGAAUGAACCAUUACUGCUUUUUCCUUUUCAAGUCUACAUUAUGUCGGUGUUAAAGGAAAAAGCUUGAUUAUAUUGCAGUAAACGGAGUCUUGGUUUAGAGCAUAAAGGUAUUCAAAUUGUGGUGCUAUUGUAGUUUGUACACUCCUCUAUGCGGUGCUAUUGUAGUAUGUACACUGCUCUAUAUUCGCCAAUAUUAUCUGCUAAUUUUUCAAAUUUCUAAGUAAUAAACUUUCAGACUUUUAUAGCAUUUCACUAAAUUCGUUACCCUAUUGGCUUUUUCUUUUCUGAAGCAAUUGAUUGCAAUUUUUUUUUUCCUUUUUUGGUUUGUGCCCAUAUUAAAUGGCCAAAUCUGUACACUGACUAGUGAUCUCCGUCUCAGGUAUUGCCAUAUAAGUUAAUGGCCAAAUCUGUACACUGACUUGUGAUCUCCGUCUCAGGUUUUGCCAUAUAAGUAUCCAAAUUGGUUUGCAAUCUAGAAAGUCACCGUGUUUUGAUAAGAUCCCUGCUAGAAUGCUUAUAAUGCCAUAGAAUCCUCAAGCCUAUCUUGGCAUUAAUGGCACGUCUUAAUUGUUUUUACUGAUAUGGAGCAUUCAUGUAUAUAGGACCAGUCAUCCUUUGUCUUUAUGUUUGCUGUCUUAAUUACUGUCUAUUUUAGGCAAACUGUAAUAAUUACUGUUGUGAUUAUAUAAAGGUUAUUCCCCUUUCUCUGAGAUUAUCUAUUCUUCUUUCUGUAAUCUACAAUGGGGAAAAGAGUUAUUCUUUAUGGGUUGGGAGGAAAACUUUGUUUGUUACUAGUAUUAGCUUCUACUGUUUCAAGUUUUGGAUUAGAUAAUGAGAGUAUAUAUAAAGAAAACGAUCUGGAAAUUGAAAGGAAACUAGAGAUGUUGAAUAAACCUGCAAUCAAGAGCAUUCAGGUAACAAUAUUUGUAUUUCAGUCUAUACAAAUUCUUUGUUUCAACAUAAGAAAAGAGUCGCAGUAUCAUAUUCUCAGUACAUCAAAUAGAAUGGUUAGUUGCGCGUUUUAUGAUAAUGUGAUUGUUGUGUUCUUCUUAUAGAGUGAAGAUGGUGACGUCAUUGAGUGUGUUGAUAUCUACAAACAACCUUCUUUGGACCAUCCUGCUCUCAAAAAUCAUAAGAUUUAGAUGAAACCAACUAUUACUUAUCCCAAACCCGAAUUGAAGGAUACGAGGAAUAAGGCAUCCAGACCAGCAUCACAAAUUUGGCAGAAAAGUGGAAGUUGCCCGGAAGGCACAAUCCCUAUACGAAGGAUUCGAAAGCAGGACUUGCUCAGAGCUGGUUCUCUCUUGAUAGAUAUGGAAUGAAGAGUCCAUACGUUUUCAGUAAUCCUAACAACACAAUAUAUGAUAUUAUUCCUAACAAAACGCACCACUUUAAUUAUCUCAAUCAAACGGGAGUGUCAGAUGAUUUAUAUAGUCCAUAUUCCAAUCGUUCGUUAGCAGUUUUACUCACUCUUGGUUAUAAUUACACUGGAGCUCGGGGAGAGAUAAGUGUUUGGAAUCCACAAAUUUUGAAAUCCCAGAAGGGCCAGAUCGUGAAUACAGUGCAGCACAAAUAUGGGUUGCAAAUGGUGAUUACUUGGAUGAAAGUGUAGAAGCUGGAUGGAUUGUACAUCCUCAUAAUUACGGCGAUAAUGCAACAAGGUUCUUUAUAUAUUGGACUGCUGAUAAUUCAAAUACAACCGGUUGCUUUAACCUAAUCUGCCAAGGCUUUGUGCAAACUAACAGUGAGAUAGUCCUUGGCAGUAAACUCGAUGUUUCAAGUUUUGAAGGACAACAAUAUAAUAUAUCUCUUUUUAUGUACUGGGACAAGAACACACAAAACUGGUGGUUAGAGUAUGACGGUAAACAAGUAGGAUAUUGGCCAUCUGAAUUAUUCAGAGUCUUAAAACAAAGUGCAGCAACGGUUCAUUGGGGAGGAGAAGUUCAAUCUAAUUUUUUAUCAUAGAAGACGAAUCACACUCACACAUCAACGAAAAUGGGUAAUGGAAUUGAAGCGUUGCAUAAUUAUUCAGCAUGGAUCAGAAAUACCAAGAUUAUUGAUAACUCUACAGUCGAAAAGUAUCCUGAAUGGGUUCAUGAAUACAAGGAUGAACCUGACCUGACUGUUACAGUUCUUACAACUGGGUCGAGCAGGUUGAGGAACCAGUUCUUUAUUUUGGUGGCCCGGGUAGAAGCCCCAAGUGUCCAUGAUGUGAGACAGUUUAUUCUGUGCUCUGUAUUGUCAUGAUCUUGGCAUUCUUUCGGAUUGCUGCAAUUCAGUGAUUGUAUAAAUAAAAAAGUACAAUAUUGUUUCUC